UACAGUAUAUGUUUACGUCUGUGGUUUACGUCAAUAAAUGUACAGUUUUAUGGUCGGUAAAUUUGCAUUUUACAUGUAAAUAUUGUAAUGUAAUAGCAAUAUUAAAAGAGAGUGUGGUAAACAUGAACAACUACAGUUAUAAUUACGGUGGUUAUCAACCGAAUAAAAAUGCCCGACAUAAUGCUGUUCCACCGCCCCCAUCAAGUGGUGUUAGCAAACAAGGUUAUUCGACCAUGAAUGCAAUCAGUCAAAAUGCUCUUUCAGCAGCUUGGGGAGGCAGCCGAAAACGUGCUGCCACAGAGGAUGAGUAUUUCGAUGAAGAAGAUGAAUCUACCCCUGCUUUGGCCUACAUUCCGGCCCCGGGAAGUCCUACAGCCAUCCAGGACCAAGAAGAGGUACCUGAAGAUGAAGACGACGACCCUUUGGAUGCAUACAUGGCAGGGAUUGAAAAUCAAAUAAAGAAACAAGUAACAACAGAAACUGAAGAGCCGAAGCAACAAGGAAUCAGAGAUGAUAUUGAACAGGAAGAUGAAGAAGAGUCUUAUUACAGAUACAUGGAAGAAAAUCCAAAUGCUGGCCUGAAUCCAGUUGAUCCAGAUCAUCCAGACAUUGAAUAUGACGAAGAUGGGAAUCCAAUACCUCCUGAUCGCAAAAAAAUCAUUGACCCUUUACCUCCUAUAGAUCAUUCUUUAAUUGAAUACAAGCCUUUUAAGAAAGACUUUUACCAAUUACAUCCAGACAUAGAAAGUCUCACUUCUUCUCAAGUGACAGAAUUAAGAAAAACUUUGGAUAUUAAUGUUAACGGUUCUAAACCACCCAAGCCUGUGGCAUCUUUUGCACACUUUAAUUUUGAUGAUAAACUUUUAAAAGCCAUUAUCAAGGCAGAAUAUGCAACACCAACACCUAUUCAAUCCCAAGCUAUACCCUGUGCUCUUAUGGGACGUGAUGUAUUAGGAAUUGCCCAAACAGGAAGUGGUAAGACUGCAGCAUAUCUAUGGCCUUUGUUGAUUCAUGUAGCGGAGCAACCUCCAGUGGAAGAAGGUGAAGGUCCCAUAGCUCUUAUUUUAGCCCCCACUAGGGAACUUGCAAUUCAAAUUUAUAAUGAGGCCAAGCGCUUUGCCAAAGUUUAUGAUGUUAGAGUUAUCUGUGCUUAUGGAGGUGGCUCCAAAUGGGAACAAAGUCAGGCUUUAAAAGAAGGAGCAGAAAUUGUGGUAGCAACUCCAGGUCGAAUAAUUGACCACAUAAAGGGUGGAGCCACUAAUUUACAACGAGUUACAUUCUUGGUACUAGAUGAGGCUGAUCGAAUGUUUGAAUUGGGAUUUGAACCCCAAGUUCGAUCUGUUUGUAAUCACGUCAGACCUGACAGACAAACUUUACUCUUCAGUGCUACUUUUCGAAAACGUAUUGAGAAACUGGCAAAAGAUGCAUUACAGGAUCCUAUCAAAAUAAGUCAAGGAAUUGCUGGUCAGGCAUCUGAAGACGUUAAGCAGCAUGUGCUGCUUUUACCAAAUUUACAGGCAAAAAGAGAAUGGCUUUUUGGACAUUUGGUAGAGUUUUUGUCUGCAGGGUCUGUGCUAGUAUUUGUUACAAAAAAGGUUGAUGCAGAGCAGGUUGCUAAUGAUUUGCAAGUAAAGGAAUUUGACUGUUUACUUCUUCAUGGCGACAUGGAGCAGGCUGACCGUAACAAAGUGAUAAUGGCGUUCAAAAAAAGUGAAUGCCCUUUAUUGGUGGCAACAGAUGUGGCGGCUCGCGGUCUCGACAUUCCUCACAUUCGAACUGUCGUCAAUUUUGAUAUAGCUCGCGAUAUUGACACUCACACGCACAGGAUUGGGCGAACAGGACGUGCAGGAAUGCAAGGCGUGGCUUAUACAUUACUUACUGACAAAGAUAAAGAGUUUGCUGGCCAUAUUGUGCGCAACUUGGAAGCUGCGCAUCAGGAAGUACCCCAGGAAGUUCUCGAUCUUGCCAUGCAGAGUUCAUGGUUCAGAAAGUCAAGAUUCAAGAAAAAGGAUCAAAGCCCUAAUGUAGGAGGGAUGGGCCUUGGAUAUAAGGAAAGGGCUAACUCUUCUCAGUCCUCUUAUUCGACUUCUCCGGCUAACGUUACUUCCAAGCCAGGGCCAGCAACAGACAGGUUGUCUGCAAUGAAAGCAGCUUUCAAAACACAGUACAUGAACCAUUUCAAAGUAGGGACUGAACCUCCGAAAUCCCACAUUCAUACACCAGCACCACCACCACCACCACCUCCUCCUCCCACUACAUCAACACGGAAAAAGAAAAGCAGGUGGGAGUAAAUUAACAUAGUUUAACGAUUGUUAUAUUUUCUUAAAUUAAUGUUGUAAAUUAUAUAUAA